CACCCAGCGACCAUGUCUUUAAUACUAUCCCGCCCCACCCCGCACAUCCACUCCGUGGUCCGUGUCCCGUGACACUUUGAGACUGGGUUAUCGUUAUACGUUAUGGUCCGUCGGCUUUGGCAGUUUAUUUUUUCUAUUGUCGGUAUUUAAUACGUAUUAUCGCCAUCGCUCAUCCGUUGCCGUUAUCGAAAUAUGAACCGGAAUCAAUGCUGUCGAUUAAAAAUAGUGUGGUUCGAAAAAACGGCCGUUUGCGUCAUCCGUUAAUCCAGCGGGAAAUGUCUCGAUAUUCCACCGAACGUAAUCGUUAUCAUCUCGGCUGUCGUCGUAUUCAUCGCAUCGUCGAUCGUUCGAUUUGCGGCUGUUUAGCGUUGCCGCCGACCGCUGCUAAAUAUUAUAUUACCGCGCGCCGACGACGGUCGUUACCACCACCACCGUCAUCGACACAGACGCGGCUGUAGUCUCUGGCCUCUGCUCAGUGCUCACUAGUCAUAGUCCAUAGACUUGUAGACCCUAGUGCUACGCCGGUGCUAAGCUGUUCGCUUACGUGCCGUAAACCCCCAGUAGUGUUCCGUUGCGUGGCGGGCACCAUCGGAGCCGGUUGAUGACAAGACGUGCUAAAAAAUAAAUUGACGUUCCGCGCACAGAUCAUCGUCUAUGACACUAUGACCACCACCACCACUAGUCCUUGGACGGUCCUAGGUUAAGAAUACUAUUAAUAUUAACUUCCUGAAGAUAAUUGAAGAAUUAAAACUGAAUGAUAACAGUCAAUAGUUAGAAGAAAUGCCAUGAUAGGACGAUUGUAUUCUUCAAUUUUAUCGCUUGGCAGCCUUACAUUAAUCACAUUUUCUUUGUGGUCAGUAUGGAACAAAAUAGUCAAUAUCAACGAAUCACAUGCUGGCCAUGUCGAAUAUCGUAUACUUACAAUAGAAAAUGUUACUUCAAAACCAUUUGAGUUACAUUCUUUAUCAGAUACAGAUCUUCACUCCUUGAUCGAUCUGCCAUCUUUUAAUUUCAAUAUAAACCAAAAGGUAUGCAAUAACAAUACUAAAUUGGUAGUGGCUUUAGUCCAUACUGCACCAGGACAUUAUGCCAAACGUCAGGCUAUUAGAGAUACAUGGGCAAAGAUGAUACCAACAUUAUUUUUCAUGGGUCUCCCAGAUUCAAACAUUACUCAAAACAAUGUUAUCUUAGAAAAUGAAUUGUACAGUGAUAUUGUGCAAGGGGACUUUUUAGAUUGUUACCGUAAUUUAACUUAUAAACAUGUGAUGGUAUUAAAAUGGACUUUGUACUAUUGUCCUUGUGCCAGGUAUUUGCUCAAAACUGAUGAUGAUACGUUGGUUAAUGCACCAUAUUUAUUGGAAAUACUCAAUCAUAGAUUAUCACCUUUAGGAGCGCGAAAUUUGCUUAUGUGCCAACUCAUGUUAUCAAGCAUGGUAAAACGUUCAUAUAGAUCUAAAUGGAGAGUUUCAUAUUCUGAAUAUCCAGAUCGUUGGUAUCCAAUUUAUUGUAGAGGCUGGGCAAUAAUUUAUUCGCCAGAUGUAAUUUAUAAACUUUACACAGAAGCACAAGUGACUCCAUACUUUUGGAUUGAUGAUGUUCACAUAACUGGUACAAUAGCAGUUAAACAAAAUAUCACUCAAACAGAUUUAGGAAAAUUAGCAGUGGAUGAAUCUGAUCUACAGGACGAUAAAAAUAUUAGUCGCAAGUUUUUAUUUUGCUUAUUAACUAAAGCAGAUCAGUCAAUGAGAAAUUUUUGGAAUAUUAUUUUACAACCAGAUGAUACUGUUAUUUCAUCUUCAACCAACUUUGGACUUGACGUAAAUGUUGGUAAUAACUAAAUAAAUAUAAUAUUAUAUAAUAAUUUUCUUGAAGAUUGAAUAAUGAAUUGUGAUAAUGUAGCAUGUAAAAAAGUUAUUUGUUAUUAUUUUAUUUUUAUUUUAGAAUGUAUUAUGUAGGUUUUUUUUU